AUGGCUAUGCACAAUGACCAGUGUGAAAAAUCUGCAGGAAAACCAAAUGAUACAACCCCCACAAUAAAAAGAAAACACUACCAAAUUAGGAUAGAAAUCAUAAUCUAUGUCACUAAAACAAGCUCAAAACCAAAAUUCCAGGAUGAGUUUAAAGCAAAAAAAAACAAAACAAAACUAAAAACCUGGGAAGCAUGUGAGGAAAGUCAGGAAGUUACUAUUAAAGUUGAAGAUGAGCACAGAUGCGUGGAGUCGGCAAAGAUCCGCGCCAAAUACCCUGACCGUGUCCCGGUCAUAGUGGAGAAGGUAUCAGGAUCUCAGAUUGUUGAUAUUGACAAGAGGAAAUACUUAGUUCCAUCUGACAUCACUGUGGCCCAGUUUAUGUGGAUCAUCAGGAAGAGGAUUCAGCUGCCCUCUGAGAAAGCAAUAUUCCUCUUUGUAGACAAGACUGUUCCACAGUCCAGCUUAACUAUGGGACAACUUUAUGAGAAGGAGAAAGACGAAGACGGAUUCUUAUAUGUUGCCUACAGUGGAGAGAACACAUUUGGUUUCUGAAUGGUGGAUCUUGGCUACAAUAUCAUCAUGCUGUGUAUCUUGUAAAUAGCUGAUCAUUUUCUGUUCUGACAUCCACAGAAGUUCCUUCUAUAUACAUGCAUUUGUAACUGGAUCUAUUUCCUAAUAUAGAUAGGUCUUGUUUUAUUAGACUGUUAAAUUAUGAAAAAAAGUUUUUUUGUGUUUUUUUCUCAUGGCUAUGAAUUCCUAGAGCCUCAUUCCUUUGGGAGAUACAUCUACAGAUUGAUUAAGUAAUAAAGCUAAGUAGUUGGGCUUUUAAAACACGGAAAGAAGAAUGCACAUUUAUUCUGUUUCGAGAUGUUAAGUUCAUGAAAAAUAAAAGCACUGCAUUAGUAUUGGGAACACUGGAGUUGCUAGAUUAUCCUAAGCAGUAGCAAGAUGUUGAUCAUGUUAAAACUGCAAUAGUAUGUACUUCUUUCUCACUUAACAAACAAUAAAACUUCCUACCACAGACA